AUGGCAGCAGCAGAUGUCACUCAAGACGACCCCGACGCUCGAGUUGAUGAAACAACUGCGCUCCUUGCUCCCUCGGGUGAACAGCCCACGUCUUCUGAUAACAACGACAAUGACGCGCCAACGUCAACGUCCAAUGGAGCGAAUGGCAAGGGAGAAGACAAACCGCUGCCCAAGGAUCAACUCUUCUACCUCUGCUUCGCCCGCCUGAUCGAACCCAUCGCAUUCUUCUGCAUCUUUCCCUUCAUCAAUCAGAUGAUAUGGGACACUGGGGAAGUGGCGAAGACGGACGUUGGCUUCUACAGUGGAAUGAUUGAGUCGCUGUUUUCUCUGACGCAAAUGCUGUUCAUGAUCCCCUGGGGCAAAGCUGCCGAUCACUUUGGAAGAAAACCUGUCCUUGUCAGCUCGUUGGGUGGCGUGGCCCUGGCGACUUCUAUCUUUGGACUGAGCAAGACAAUAUGGCAGAUGAUCCUGUUUCGAUGUUUCGCUGGAGUCUUUGCUGGCACGGUCGUGACUAUCCGUGCCAUGAUUACAGAGAUUAGCACGCACAAGACCCAGGCCAGAGCAUUCAGCUUCUUUGCUUUCACAGGAAAUCUGGGGAUCUUUCUAGGUCCUCUGCUUGGAGGAGCACUCGCAAACCCUGCAACGGUAUACCCGUCUGUGUUUGGACAUAUCAAAUUCUUUCGUGACUACCCAUAUGCACUCCCUACAUUCGUAUCAGGCUCAAUCGCUAUUAUUGCUACCAUCACUCUUGCGUUGGGCAUCAAAGAAACUCUCGUGCGAUCUCCGACGCAGCAGUCCGCAGGCGCCCGGAAAGAAAUGUCGAUCCCCGACCUGCUUCGAUCUCCCAAUGUCCCGAUAACACUGUAUAUCUACGCGCACAUCAUGCUCCUGGCUUUCUCCUACACAGCUAUCGUCCCGGUGUUUUUCUUCACCCCGGUCGAUCUGGGCGGUUUCGGGUUCUCGCCCUUCCUCAUCUCGGUAUUCAUGGGUUUGGGCGGCCUCUCUCAAUCGCUAUGGCUCCUCAUUGUCUUCCCAUGGCUGCAGGCCCGCUGGGGUACUAAGAGCGUCCUGGUCCUCUGCGCAACCGCUUACCCGAUCUUCUUCGCCCUGUACCCCGUCUGCAACCUGUUCCUGCGGUACCACAUGACAGCCGUGUUCUGGACCAUCGCCCCCAUCGCCCUGGCGGUCGGCAGCGGCGUUGCGAUGUCCUUCACCGCGAUCCAGCUCGUGCUGAACGACGUCUCGCCCGGGCCCGAGGUGCUCGGCACUCUGAACGCCGUGGCGCUGACCAUGGUCAGCGGGAUAAGAGCCUUUUCCCCGGCGCUGUUUGCAAGCUUAUUCGCAACCAGCGUGCGGAGCGGGGUGCUCGGCGGCCAUGUCAUCUGGAUCUUGAUGGUUGCGCUGGCCCUGGGCUUCGCGGUUGUCAGUCGCUGGGUUCCUGAGCCUGGAAAAGACGAGGACACGCCCAAGCCUGUCAACACGCAUGGUCAUGGUGACGGCAACGGCAAUGGCAUCGCCAACGGCAACGGAGCUGCUGCAGCCGAGGCGGGUGAGGAAGACGACGACCACGAGUAA